AUGGCGCCGGCAGCGGCGGCCUUGCCACCCGGCGAGGCCGCCCCAGGCGCCCCAAGCGCGCCCGCCGCCGCCCAGCGCGAGGUGCCGGCGGCGCACGGCGAGGGCCCGCAGGAGGGCGAGUGCGUGCAGGAGAUAGUGUACUGCCUCCUGGACGCGAAGGGCGGCGCGGCCUCCACCCAGGCGGUGCAGGUGGCCAUCAACGCCUCCGUGAUCCAGGUCGCCAAGGCCAAUUUCCCGCUAGUCGUCACCUCCAUCUUCUCCUUCCUGGAGAACAGGCAGAGCUCGGAGCUGCACCAGCUGUGGCUCCUCCGCCUGCUGUGCCAGGUCUUGGAGACCAGGCGCAGCCACGAGUGCUCCCAACCAGCGGGCUCCAGCAUGACCAUCGACCGCGCGCUCGCCAGGAACCUCACGCACCACCUCGUCCGCGAGGUGGCGAGGCUCGUCGGGGAGGACCCACGGCAGCAGGCGGUCUGCGACGUCCUGGUCGAGCUGGCGCCGAUGUACCCAGACGUGGUCCUGAGCGGCGUCUUGACCAUGCUGGACAACUGCGGCAGUUCGGUGUCCGCGCCGCCGGCUCUUGUGAACAUACUGACCGAGAUAGCUUACACGACGCCGCACGUCCUGGAAGGGCGCAUCCACGAUGCGAUGAGCCGCUUCCUGCCGCUGCUGCAGGCGUGCAAGACGCCCGAGAUGAAGUUGCUCCUGUUCAGGGCCUGGUGCUCCCUGUGCGUGGCCAUGGUGAACUGCGGCAUGCGAGAGUCGGGCCAAGCGAUGUCCAGCACGGAGUCGACCUUCUCCCGGUGUUUCGGGUCCGCCGCGCUGGAGUUGCGGCGGCGGCGGGGCGGAGACUGCGGCGGCCUCGACCCCGCGGCGGAGGAGACGGACGAUCGCCGACGGGCAAGCACGGCUUUGAGCACAGCGUUCACGAUCCUCAUGAGUUCUUGGCAGAGCUCCAAGGACCUGUCGAUCCGCGUGGGUGCCAUGGAAACCCUGGGCCACCUGUGCCUGGUGAUCCCGAAGGACCAGUUCCUGACGAACGCCGAUGCCCUCCUGGAGCUCCUGGUGAAUCUGCUAACGCGCCAGUCGGCGUCAUUGCACUCGAUGCCACCGAUGAGAUUAAUGCGGGGGCUGUGCCUGUUCCUGCAGUCCUGCAUCGAUGCCGACCCAGAGAUUCUGCUCCUGGAGAACACGCUGCAGACGCUGACUGCGACCAUGUUCUCCUGGACCGCAAACUGCGGCCCGCUGCAGUACAUCCAGGGCUCCGUCGGCACCGAGGCCCUGCAGAGCCAGGCGGAGGUGCUCCGGUGUUUUGACGUCCUCGCCGACACCUUCCAAAAAGACAUCUUGGCCUUCCUUCUCGCGAAGGUGAAGGGGAGCCGGGACGACAGGCUCGGCUCGCUCCUCGUGCUGAGACACCUCAUAGGAUCCUCCUGGAGACCGCGGCCCGCGGCCGUCAUCGAGGGCAUCCAGCAACUCACGGGGGACGCCGACCCGGCCGUGGGGCUGUUGCUGAGCGAGCUGAUCGUGGCCCUGGCAGCGGCCGACUUCCUCACGGUCUCGGAGACGGGCGGCGACGAGGACGGCCCGAGGCUCGAGCACGUCCACGCGCUCCUGAGCUUCCUGAUCGGCCAGACCGCCCUCACUCACAGCGUGGAGGCAGAGCAGCCCUCGUAUGUCGCAAAGUUCGUCGGCAAGAACCAGCCCGCCGACCUGCCCAGCUGCCGUGAGGUCCGGGGCCGCGCGGGGCUGGUCCUCGGUCACCUGGCGGGGUCGCUCAAGCCGCCCGUGAGGCUGGUGCUGUGGCCCAUGCUGCUGCAGACGCUCGUGAACCCCGCGAUGCGCCCCGGCCUCCCCGUCCUCUGCCGCGCCGUCACGCAGAUCGUGGACAGCGUUCGGCCCGCCGCCGCCACCGCGGGCGCCUCCGCGCAGGCGUUCCUGGACCUGGCGCAGUUCCUGCAGCCCGGGCACGAGCGGAGCACGCAGCCGGAGGCGCUGCUCAUGUGGCUGCUCAUCUGCGCGCACAGCCCCCACGAGACCCCCGGGCUCGGCCUCGCGGUGCUGCGCUGCCUGGAGUCCCUGAGCCCACUCAUCCACAGGAUGCUCGGGGAGAUCUGGGAGGCGCCCUCCAGGCGGCUGCAGACGCUGUGUGCUUACCUCGAGGAGAGCGGGCCCGGGAGCCGCCUGGACGCGGACUUCUGGUCCUCCGCGCUGUCCCAGGAGGUGCAUUUCUUCUUGUCGGCGCUCCCCGAGCACGACGACCUGCCAUCCAGGCUCGUCGACAUACUCGGGGCGCUGCACCUGGAGGUGUGGCGCAAGGACCGGGACACCUACGACCUGUCGGACCUGCAGAAGGCCGCCCUGUUCAACCUGACGGGCGUCUGCCUGAGCCACGUCGGGCAGGCGAGCAAGGUUCCGACCACCCUGGAAUUCGUCCUCUCCCACUCCAGCGAGCUGAUCACCGACGCGGUCGUGCGCCGGGCAUGCGCCCGGGGCCUGGGAAUCGUGGCGCAGAGGCACUUCGACCUCGUGCUCAGCGUGCUCGGCCGGCACGCGAAAACCGACGCGGCCACCCGCCGGGCGGGGUCCAUCGCGCAGAGCCUCUUCGGCAAGUCCACGGCCGUGCAGCAGGCGGAGUACCUGCGGGCGAUGCUGACGCUCGCCCUGGGCUACUGCGCCGUGUACGCGCCCAACCCGGAGGUGCUGCAGGAGCAGGUCUGCGAACACAUCCUGGGGCCGCUCCACCUGGCGCUGACGCAGGAAAGGGCGGUGCCAGUGUUGCAGAGCGUGGUGGAGGCCGUGAAGCUGGCGAACGACGCGAUCCGCAUGUCGCCGGAGACGAUGGCCAUGCGCGACCCCUUCCUCUCGCCGGCGGAUCAGGCGAUGACGGACGUGAUCGCAGCAGAAGGUCUCGAGACCCGCAUCGGCUGCGCCGCCGUCGUGGAUGAGCGAGCCGAGCUGGGACACCAGAGCGUACGUCGGGAAGGUUCACGCGUCGACAUCGACUACACGUGCGCCGCCCACCCCGAGGCCCGCGCGGCUGCGCCGGACAGGCUCAACCUGUGA